UGAACACUGAGCCAGACGAGAAUUGAAGCGGAUAAUCGCGCAAUAGAAAUGUUUGUGAAACUUGUUCUUCUCAUAUUUGUGAUCGGAACUGUUAGGGCCGUGACGGAGUGCGGGGUUCUGGACGAAAGUCGGCUGCAUGACAAUGAUCAAACAACAUAUCCCAAUGAGUAUCCAUGGGUGGGAUUACUAAUGAAUCAAGAUGGUGGUAGACUCACUCAUACUCGCUGCAAUGUUAUCAUUAUCCAUGAGUUGCAUGUCCUGACCACAGCUUCAUGUGUACGUAAAUUUCAAAAGCAACCACGUAAUGCCGCCGUUUUGCUUGGCAUAUACAAUGAGACCCAUACACCGGAUAACGAGUUUGUGUGCAAUGCAAAGGGAUUCUGUGUACCCGGACCGUUGCUAUUCCAAUUGGCCGAUAUUAAAAUCAAUCCCCUGGCCGACAAGGAUACAGGAGACAAUGAUCUGGCCAUUUUGAAACUAACAGAACCCAUCAACUAUACGCCGUAUAUUCUGCCCAUUUGCUUGGAAGGGGCGACCGAGCCCGAUUCUCUGACUAGUCGGAAUCUACCAUUUUCCGGAUUCACACAUUCCAACUAUCUCAGAGGCAAGGGCAAGGCAUUCAUUGUGUCGCGGCAGCAUUGCAAUUUGUUGACAUCAUCAAAGACACCGUGGCCGCAAAAUCAAUUCUGCGGUUUCCCACCAAAGACGACCAGAUUCUACGAGGCAACCGCCUUGAUGGGCGUCAAUGUGGUAAAAGAUGUACCCGAAAAUUUCUAUCUAGUUGCAAUUUUGGCCAAAAUGUAUAAGUCGGGCGUUGUUAAUACAAUGAUCUAUCAAGAUCUGCGACCAUGGCGCGAUUGGAUUAAAGAAAAUAUUAAAUCAUCUUAAAAUCAAGAUUGUUUUAUGCAUUUUUCUACAAAUAAAUAAAUACACACGA